UGUAAGUUCAUGACUCUACUCUUCCCUUACAUCCAACAUCAAACCGCAACCAAUAAAAUACACACCACAUCAACUUCAACACCAAUCUACUCAAGAAACAUCACCAUCAACCAACACAAAUGGCAUCCACAACAACCACAAAAUCCGACCACGAAAAGCCAGCCUUCCCAGUAACAGCAAACAACCUCCAAGAUCUCCUAGAAUACACCUCCCAUGCAUCCGGCCACGGCUUAAUCUCCAAAAUCUCUCUACCUUCCGGCUCCCUGUUCGCCCCCAUAACAGCAUACACAUUCACCCCUACACCACAAUGGCAUACCCUCCAAGUCUCCACCUCCUCGCACAUUUCUCUAGAUUCUGCAUUCACCUAUCUCAAUCAUUCUUGCAAUCCCAGUUUGGAGAUUGAUACCGAGAAGAUGGAGAUCAGGGUUGCUAGAGGGAAAGAGUUGAGGGAGGGGGAUAGUCUGAGUUUCUUUUAUCCCAGUACGGAGUGGAAGAUGGAUAGAGGGUUCAAGUGUUUGUGUGGGGAGAAGGGGUGUGUGGGUGAAGUAAAGGGUGCGGAAGGGAUGGAGAAGGAGGGAUUGGAGAAGUGGUUUGUCAACGGGUAUAUUUGGGAGUUGGUCGAGGAGAGAGAUGGCAAGGGGAAUUAGGAAGGAUUGAAAAUCGCUCAUCGUACACGGCUACGGCAUUGCUCUGCGAAAAGAAGGAGUGUGUAUCGCUGCUUCCAACUUCUUGAAGUAUAGAUGCUUCGCAAACAUCAGGGUCAGAUGUCUUCCAUGUCCUUACUCGACGUAAAUGCCGUCCAAGGAUCUACAUCCGUUCGGGAACCGGUCGGGAUUACGGUGUCGUUCCUCGUUUUAAAUAGCACGACGACCUUAACUAAAACAUACUACCUCGAUUCGUUCGUACUACUAACGAAGACGGUUAUACAAUCUUACACAAAU